AUGGUAGAGAUUCGGGGAAGAUUUAACAGAACAGCGGCGGCUUUUAACGUGGCAGCGGCGCGUGCACGUCUGCCUUGCGACAGCAGCAGCGGAAGCGAUCACUCUCCGGAGGAUACAUCGGAUCUUUGGGAUCUGGUUGAAUCAUUUAUCGACAGAGAAGUGAAAGUUUUGCCGGAAGAGGUUCCUGAGGAAGAUAACGACGAUAAAUCGGACAUUGAUGAUGAUGGAGACUACGAAGAUGUGAAGGAGAGGUUACGAGAGAUUUUGGAAAAUCGCGGAGGCGAAGAAGGGCGGAGAAUAAUUGAUGAGGCGGUAAAGGCAAGCGGGAUCGUCGGAGAGAAACGCCACUUAAUGGCUUUUCUACGUAACAAGGGUUUUGAUGCAGGUCUAUGCAAAUCCCGAUGGGAGAGAUUCGGUAAGAACACGGCCGGGAAGUACGAGUACGUCGACGUUAAAAGAGGAGAUAGUAACCGUUUUAUCGUGGAGGCAAAUCUUGCCGGAGAAUUCGAGAUUGCUCGGCCUACGACAAGAUACCUUUCUCUCUUAGCUCAACUUCCAAGUGUCUUUAUUGGAACACCUGAGGAGCUGAAGCAGCUAGUGAGAAUCAUGUGCUUUGAGAUAAGACGGUCGAUGAAGCGAGCGGAGAUUCACGUGCCACCAUGGAGGAGGAACGGUUAUAUGCAAGCCAAGUGGUUCGGUCACUAUAAACGAACCUCUAAUGAAGUGGUGACUAGGGUUAAGAGCUGUGACUGUGGACCGCACGUCGGUUUUAAGGAAUCGCCUAAAACGGAGACGUUUAACGGAUUCAAUGAGGUAGAGAAAAUGAGGAAUGGUUUAAAGGUCGGUCAGCUCACGGUUGCUUUCAACGGCGGUGGGAUGGGGUUUCAAUAGUCGCAGAAUAAAUUAUAGGCCUCUAUAAGUUGAUAAUUGAUAGUUUUUAUAUUAUUUUGUAAAUAUAGAUGAGUUUUAGGGGCAAUCGAUAAAGUUGUUGCUUAGAUUUCGGCUAUCUUGAUUAGUACAAGAUGGGCUUUUCCAAUUUCAGCCCGUUAUGUUACUGGCCC